ACUACAAUCAAACUGAUCCAGGUGUCUCAUCCAGGCGAGCAACAGAUCUUCCCUACAGUUAUCAAACCUCCAUACACCAUGAAGACCGCAAUCUUCCUGUCGUGCAUUAUUGGUCUAACCAUUGCUAUUCCGGCUAAUCAUGACCAUCAACGAGUUAAACGUUCGCGUUCAUUCUCAAGCUCAGACUCAAACUCACUGGAACUAAAUCAAGUGCCUACCUCUGCACUACUCCAGCUGAUCCAGAACAUAAUUAAAACUCUGGCUGCAACAACUCCAACGACUACGACUCCAACGACUACGACUCCAACGACUACGACUCCAACGACCACGACUCCAACAACCACUACAUUGCCUACAACAAAAAAGCCAUAAAUUCAAAUAUACAAUGAUUGUAUCCUACUGUAUCAUUCCUAGUCUGAACUAACUCUUUCUCUACGACCUUAAACUUCUUAAAAGUAACGACUUCUCAAAAAAUAAUAAACUUACAGCAGGUAUCA